UUUAAAACUUAAUUAAAUAAAAUUAUUAAUAAUUUAUUAUCUUAUUUAUUAUAUGAAUAAAUAUGUCUAAACGUCCAGAACAUUUGGCACCUCCAGAAGUAUACUACAAUGAAGAAGAGGCAAAGAAAUAUACACAAAAUUCCAGAAUUAUUGAAAUUCAGACUCAAAUGUCAGAGCGAGCUAUAGAAUUAUUGACAUUGCCCGAUGAUGAACCAUGCUUAUUAUUAGACAUAGGUUGUGGAUCUGGAUUAUCUGGAGAAGUACUUGAAGAGCAAGGCCACAUUUGGGUAGGAAUGGAUAUUGCACCUGCUAUGUUAGAUAUUGCUGUAGAGCGUGAAUUGGAAUGUGGUGAUGUUUUGCUUUCUGACAUGGGGCAAGGAUGUCCAUUUAGAGCAGGAUCUUUUGAUGGUGCUGUUUCAAUAUCUGCUCUUCAGUGGCUAUGUAAUGCAGACCAUAAAAGUCAUAAUCCUGCACAAAGGCUCAAAAAAUUUUUUGAAUCUCUAUAUGCAUGUUUAACAAGGCAGGCUAGGGCUGUAUUUCAAUUUUAUCCUGAAAAUGCAAAUCAAGUUGAAUUAUUGACAACACAGGCCAUGAAAGCUGGUUUCUAUGGCGGUUUAUUAGUAGAUUACCCAAAUUCUUCAAAAGCAAAAAAAUACUUUUUAGUGCUCAUGACUGGCGGUUCAAUGUCUAUGCCACAAGCAUUAGGAACCGAAGAAAAUGGUGAUUCUAAUUGUGUAUCUUAUGCUAGAAGAAAACAAGAACAAUUACGCAAAAUGAGAGGUAAACCAGUGAAAAAGUCAAGAGAAUGGAUCUUAGAAAAAAAGGAAAGGAGACGUAGACAAGGUAAACCAACACGAAUGGAUUCAAAAUAUACAGGAAGGAAAAGGAGUGGUAGAUUUUAG